AUGCCGCUGAAACCUCUUACAUUUAAAGGCGACAAAAAGCCCAAGAAGCGGAAACACCGAUCUUAUGAAGACGACGAAAGCAAAGUCACCACAGCUGCUGACGGCAGUGCUGAGGCUGUCGAUCCUUCACAAGACGACUCAUGGACAGUGCCAGACCUCCCAUCGGACCUCGCAGGACCAGUCAUUCUUGUCCUCCCAACUAUGCCACACACCUGCCUUGCCUCUGACGCUCAUGGCAACAUCUUCGCCUCACCACUCGAGAACAUGGUAGAGAACUACGCAGAGACGGCCGAGCCACAUGAUGUAAGACAAGUGUGGGUGGCGAGCACGGUUGUGGGAACGGGCCAGUUGAGUUUCAAGGGCAGCCACGGCGGAUAUCUGUCUUGUGAUUCGAUCGGAGUGCUAGGAGCCAGGAGAGAAGCAAGAGGAGUUGAAGAGGGCUUCGUGGUAGAAGCAACCGAGAACAUCGACGGCAAACCACGCUGGAGGAUCUGUACGGCCGCAACAAAGACCGCAGAAGGAGACAAGGGGAAAAGAUACAUCUCUGCUGAAACAGAGACAUCUACUUCAAAAGGGGACGAACCGAAAAGGAAAGUAUCCGUCUCCCUCCGCGGCGACGGCGAGGCGGACUCUGACACCACACAGAUCAUACUCAAGAUGCAAGCACGUUUCAAGCCCCGCGUGCAGCAGAAUAAGGAGACCAAGGCGAAAGAGAAGGUCAGCCGCCGUGAGCUCGAACAAGCCGUGGGAAGAAGGCUGGAGGACGAUGAAGUCAAAAGACUCAAGAGGGCAAAGAAAGAAGGCACCUUUUACGAAGAAGUCCUCGAUGUGAGGGUCAAGGGGAAGCAUGAUAAAUUUGCGAGCUAA